AUGUCGACAACCCGUUUACCUAGCAUUCCAUCCCUUCGAAAACAGCAGCUUCUUCUGGAAUUUGCGAGCUUGCAACAUGCAGCCCCUCCGGGCACCUACGUGAGCCUCAGUCCCGGUGAUCCAACGCUCUGGUCUGGUGUUAUCUUUGUUCGCGCUGGUCCCUAUGCCUCCGCUGUCCUCCGUUUCCAGAUCCGCUUCCCUGACUCCUAUCCCGACAUGCCGCCCAUGGUCAACUUCGCGACCGACGUCUUUCACCCCCUGGUCGUGCCCCUGACCACCUACACCUUCAGCACCGGUGCCUCGAACGAAGAUCCAGUCAGCGCCACCGACGAUGAACGCUUACCCCCCGGCGGAUUUAGUUUACGACACGGGUUCCCGCACUGGUUUGGUCGGGCCAAACGAGGCGGUUUCAACCCGUCAACAGCUCCAUCCAUCAAAGCCGUGAGCGUGCGCAACUCGACCAUUAGCACCAAUUCAGGCGGAGGAAGGAGACCUGAUACGCCGACCAGCAAAGAGCCCAUACUCGACCAAGACCAGACGACCCCCACCUCGCCCACGACGGAAGAGACCGACCCCACUUCUCCGAUAGUAGACCGACGUUUCUCGGAACCGAGGAAAACCGUCCCGGUAGCAGUCCUUUUCGACUAUAUCCGCUCGACAUUCGACGAUGCGACGGUUCUGGAUUCCUUACCGUUGGAGGCGGCCGCGAACCCGAGCGCGUGGCAUGCGUGGAAGGCACACCAGAGGGGCAACGAUGGCGCUACGGCUACCUCAUCGGAGGGGAUGAAGAAGGCUGGAAGUCCGCAAGCCAGAGCCCCUGGGGACUGGCAUUGGGAUGGGAUAUGGGUGAGACGGGUGCAGAGUGAGAUUGAGGCUAGUAUUUCGGAUUCAACCCUGUAUGGCACUACGCGCGGAGGGGCGGAUGAGACGAUUCGAUUCACCCGUCUGGACAGGGCUACGCUCGCAUCGGUGAAGGAGAAAAUCAACCCACGAACGGAGGGGAUGCAUCAAUAA